AUGGCCGAAUCUUUGCGUUUCCUGGGAUCGUUGGAAGGCCACAAGGGAUGGGUCACCGCCAUCGCCACGUCGUCGGAGAACCCUGACAUGAUUUUGACCGCGUCGCGAGACAAGACCAUCAUUGUAUGGCAAUUGACUCGCGACGACGUCAGCUACGGAUACCCCAAAAAGAUCCUCCACGGCCACAACCACUUCGUUUCGGAUGUCGUUAUCUCCUCCGAUGGCCAGUUCGCCCUCUCCUCCUCCUGGGACCACACUCUCCGACUCUGGGACUUGAACACCGGCCAGACCACCCGUCGCUUUGUUGGCCACACCUCCGACGUCCUCUCCGUCAGCUUCAGUGCUGACAACCGACAAAUCGUCUCUGGCUCUCGUGACAGGACGAUCAAGCUCUGGAACACCCUCGGUGAAUGCAAGUAUGACAUCAAGGAGGAUGGUCACUCCGAAUGGGUUUCCUGCGUGCGAUUCAGCCCCAACGUCAUGAACCCUGUCAUUGUCUCCUGUGGUUGGGACAAGGUUGUUAAGGUCUGGGAACUCUCCAAGUUCAAGUUGAAGACCAACCACUACGGCCACACUGGCUACAUCAACACCGUCGCCGUCUCUCCCGACGGCUCGCUUGCUGCCUCCGGCGGCAAGGACGGUAUCACCAUGCUUUGGGAUCUCAACGAGGGCAAGCACCUCUACUCCCUCGAGGCCGGUGACAUUGUCAACGCCCUUGUCUUCUCCCCCAACCGUUACUGGCUCUGCGCUGCCACCGCCAGCUGCGUCAAGAUUUUCGACCUUGAGAGCAAGUCCAUCGUCGACGAGCUCAAGCCCGCCUACACCGAUGUCAGUGAGGAUGCCCGACAACCCGAGUGUGUCUCGAUCGCCUGGUCCGCCGAUGGCCAAACUCUCUUCGCUGGCUUCACUGACAACGCACUCCGUGUCUGGACCGUCACCUCAUAAAAUGGAUCAUACUGUUUUUUCGUUAGCCGCCCUUCUGCAAAUGACAAAAACAUCUCAAAAAC